AUGAAUUCUGCUGUUGGGAAUAUGCUUGUUUCGGGAGGGUGUGAAUGUUGUACCUUUGUAUGGCCAAAUGGAGACCACUACUGUGAUGUUGUUUUUACGGAAACCGUAUUUUGCGCAGAGGGACCUCCACCCGAAGGGUAUGAAUAUUGGAGAGCCUUGAGUUUUACAAAAUGCAUAUCUGUGAUCUUGGAAUCUAUCAGAGGUGCCACAAAGUUCUCACUGCAUUGUCAUCCUGUCUUUGUACCAUAUGAUGAACAAGGUGGAGUUUUCCAACUCGUAUUGAAGGAAACCCCCAGUCAUCAACAUGCGGUCCUCAAUACGACCAUUGAUGGUACUCCAGCCCUCAACACUAACGACCUGAUUGUUCGACAUCCUGAUAUUCCAGAACUAUGGCAGGUUUAUGGAAGGGGGAUGACCAGAUUAUGCACUCUUCUGGAGAGAAGGUUUGUUUCCAAGUUUGAGAAGACCGGCCCUGACACUGCUAACCAGACCUGCCAUCCUCUAGACUAA